AAUGUUGCCAAGUUGACUCCAACUACGCACCUGUCAAUUUCAUUUUUCAAGUUGUGGAUAAAAGUCCGUUUUUCCUUCUGUUAGUUGGAGGGAAACUAAUUGCGGUAAAAAUUUUGUAUUUUCGAAUAUCGUUCGAGAAGUGUGUUCAACCGAAUUCCAACGUAAACAUAACCUUCACGCGACAUCACAAAGAAGAGCGAAACCACCCCCGUUGUUCGUAAAAUGGUGGAUGAAAAAAUCGAAAUGAACAACGAUAACGAAACGUACACGGCGACCGGCUCCUCCGAUCCCCAAAACUUGCAGGAACUGACCCAAUACGUGCAGAAUCUGCUCGAAAGCAUCCAGAUCAAAUUUCAAAAUAUGUCCGAUCAAAUUUUAUCGAGAAUCGACGAGAUGGGCAAUCGAAUUGACGAUUUAGAGAAAAAUAUCGGCGAUUUGAUGACACAGGCCGGUGUAGAAGGGACGGAAAAAUGAAUCCAUUUAAAUUAUUUUAGUCAUUGUAACCAACAUAAAACAUUGUCGUCCGAAACUCCCCCAAGAUUUUUAACUUUUUUACGUAAUUUGUUAAAACGAGUCAUAUUCCUUAAUUAUACAUACAUUUAUUUGUUACACCCAAAGUAUUUUAAGAUUAGACCUGUUUUUUAAUGAGUUGAAUUAAAAUAAUUUCUAGUAAA